AUGACUGAAUCAAUUACACAAGAAGCUGUUGUCUUAGAACAACCUGGUAAAAUCACCCUAAUGGAUGUUAGCAUCCCCACGAUUUCAGAUCCUAACGACGUAAUCAUUCAAAUCAAGGCUACAGGAAUAUGUGGGUCAGAUAUCCAUUACUAUACUCAUGGAAAAAUAGCCAAUUACGUGGUAAAAUCACCAAUGGUGCUGGGGCACGAAUCAUCAGGAAUAGUGGCCCUCAUAGGCGAGAACGUCAAGACACUUAAAGUGGGAGAUAGAGUGGCACUGGAGCCUGGAUUACCUGACAGGUUUUCACCAGAGAUGAGGGAGGGUAGGUACAACUUGGACCCCAAUUUAAAGUUUGCUGCGACACCACCCUUUGAUGGUACCUUGACAAAGUAUUAUAAGACCGCGAAGGACUUUGUCUACAAACUUCCUGAUCAUUUGUCAUUCGAGGAAGGAGCACUCAUGGAGCCAUUAUCGGUGGCUGUCCACGCUAAUAAAAUAGCAAAGAUGAAAUUUGGAGCCCGUUGUGUCGUAUUUGGAGCUGGGCCCAUAGGUUUGCUAGCUGGGAAAGUAGCUAGUGUCUUUGGGGCCACAGAUGUUGUUUUUGUAGAUCUCUCAGAAACCAAGCUGGAAAGGGCCAGCCAAUUUGGUGCUACGCACGUCGUCAACUCAGGUGGUCUGCCACAUGGUGUUACUGUAGACAGUGUUAUAAAAAAGGAAAUCGGCAAGAAAGGUGCCGACAUUAUUUUUGAAUGUUCUGGUGCUCAAGCCUGCAUUAGAACAGGCAUCGAAGUUUGCAAAGCAGGUGGGACGUUUAUUCAAGUUGGAAUGGGACCAGAAGAGAUACAGUUUCCGAUCUCGAUGAUACCGACAAAGGAACUAACAUUCCAAGGAUGCCUCCGAUACUGUCAGGGAGACUACAGCGACUCUAUCGAGCUAGCCUCCAGCGGAAAACUAUCGCUCAAACCUUUGAUUACACAUCGCUACAAGUUUAAGGAUGCUAUCGACGCAUUCGACGAGAACAGAGACCAUCCGUUAAACAAUGUCAAGACGAUUAUUGAGGGUCCUGCAUGA